GCAUUGCGAGGAGGAGAAGCUGCGGGGGUCUGAUCCGCGCCGAGAGCGUGCGUGCGUGCGAGCGCGCGUGAGUUCUGCUAUGGGUCCGCGUGGGGAUUCAUUCGCAGCUGGGUUGUGAUUCUCGCCUGCUCUCUCAAUUCCUUUUGUGGUGCGUCGAGAUUCGUGGACGUUGUUGGGCUGCCAGGCAUUACGCGUGCGUUGAUGCGAGGAACUGAAUCUGGUGUAGGAUCUGCCUGUGGUGUUGUUGGUGUGGAUUGUAAUUGUUGGUGGGGUGCUUGAGAGUGGGAACGAGGGUGCAUAGUGAAGUGACGCGGGGAGUGGGAUUGCUGUUUUACAGCGAGCAGGGAGAGGAGAACGGAGAGGAAAGGGGAAUAACAGGAGCUGAGAGGUCAAGAGGAGUGGCUGUUGUUCACAGGUUUGCGGAUGUGGGUGGUCCUGGAGCAUUUCACGAGUGCACGUCGACAUUUGCUUCAUUUUAGAGGUCAGCGUUAACGGACGUAGGCCGGAUAACCUCCGUGGAUAUACAUGGUCGUAAUCUUAUGCAUAGCCCUGCGGAGAAAGUCAUAAGUUUCGCCGGGAUGGAUUUGAGGAUAUUUAUCGAAACUGGAGCUUCUUAUAGUUUCGUUGAAACAUGAGCAAUUCUUGCAAUUCGUUUUCGAUUCUAGUUGUCGGUGUCAAAGCAAGUGCUAGAGCUUUCUGCGCCGUCCUGGUUUGGGAGUACAUUUCCCCCUAGAUAACCAUGCCCUGCAUCCAGCAUCCCCUUUUUGACCCCGUUUUUUUAGUGCAUUAGGGCAAAUUUUAUUUUGAUACAAUAUUUUUAUUUGUUCUCAUGGCACGUAUCAGUAGAACUGGGUAUGCAGAGGCUUUUGGACCUAAGCGGAGUGGUUCUAGAGCAGCCGAGCUUAAUCUUGGGCGGAGUGACUUGGAGAGAAUUCGCGUGGUUUUUAGCAGGGUGCAUGACCUGUGGGACAGCUUCCAAAGAAGUCUGGUGACGAAUUAGGUUUUCAGAUUAUUUCAUACAUCACGCUGUCAGUGAUAUUUCUGUGUAGUUCAGCAGUCGCAAGACCUUGAUUUUGGGUGGUAAUUUGUAAGGACUUGGAGUAUCAAAAAUGGCCCAAGCACACCCGGUGCCCAAUAUUAUGUACCACACACAUAGACAAUCCUGUCAGAGCAUAACUUCCUCAUCACCAGUGUUACUCUUGCGCGAACUGGAUGGAAAGCAUCAGCAAUUUGUUAAUCUCAACUCAAUAUCUUCUAGUUUUUAUGGCAGCUGUGGUAAUGCCAAGUUAAUGAAGCACCAUCAGCUUAGAGUGUUGCCAAGUUCUCGAAUUUGCCGAGUGCCUGAGUCUCAGCUGUGUCGAGUAGACCAACCUCGGAAGCCUCAGAUUGAUAGAAACAUAUCCUGGAGCCUUGCUACGGCAGGGUCGCAUGUAGUUAUGACAGAUUUUACGAGAUCGAACUUGUAUCCUACGAGACAGGGGAGGUACAGCGCGGUGGUUCAUGCGCAAGCUGUUCAUCGCUCUUUCUCCCUCUUACCUGGAGCUGGUCCGCUUCGAGAUUUCCUGUUUGCACUGAUUGGAGCAGUGUUUGCAUUCUUUUUUGCGGGAUUUUUAGCGAGGCUCUGGAGUUUGGAAGAACGGUACUUUAGAGCCACGUCAGCUGAGAGAGGGAGUGCAACCAUGCCAGAGAUGGGCUCAAAUCAAGGUCAAAAAGAGUCUGUGGAGUGGGUGAAUAUGGUGAUUCACAAGGUCUGGAAAGUGUACAGGCGUAGUCUCCAAGUAUGGCUGGUUCAGCUUCUGCAACCAGCUAUUGACAAUUUGGGGAAGCCCAACUGGGUGAAGAGGGUGAAAAUUGUAGAACUCAACUUGGACUAUGAGCCUAUUAUUGUGCGUAAUGUGCAGCGCCGUGCAUCUAGGCGCGCGAAUGACUUACAAUAUCACUUUGGGCUACGGUACGCUGGUGGUGCUAGGUGUUUGCUUAACUUGAAACUUGGCCGGGCAGGUUUCGAGACCUUCAUUCCAGUUGGAGUGUAUGAGCUCGAUGUGGAUGCGGAGCUGUGGGUGAAAUUGCGGUUGGCUCCAGUGAAACCAUAUGUGGGGACUUUGUCUUUGGCCUUUGUGCGAUUGCCUACUAUCAAGCUGGUCCUGGCUCCCUUCAGAGUUGUGAAUCUCUUCUCUAUCCCAUUUUUAAACAAUUUUCUCUCGAAGUUGUUGACAAUAGACCUUCCCCGCCUGCUAGUUCUGCCACGACAUAUUACCUUCGACUUCUUGCCUCAGGGCCAGAAUGUCAUGGAUUCCAUGGAGGCAAUGGAAGCAUCUGUAGAAUCAGGUGCCAUGGAUGAAUCAAUUGCAUCAGGUGUGCUGGACCUCCUGAAAACUGCUUCCUCUGAGCCGGCUGUUCCGCAAAAAGACCCGAGUGAGGCCUUUGUUGGGGAGCUUUCUGUCACUAUCUGUGAUGCUCGUGGCCUACCAAUACGUGGAUUUACUGGGUGGAGUAAUCCUUAUUGUAUCCUCACACUAGGAGAUCAAGUUUUAGAAAGCAAACGAAACAAGGAAACUUCACAACCUUCUGGUCCCAAAGAUCCAGUUUGGAAUCAAGAUUUCCUGCUACUGGUCGAGGAUCCUAGGAGACAGAGGCUCAUGCUACGUGUUCGCGACAGCACAAUGACCUUGAACCCUAACAUAGGUUACUGCUAUGUUAAUCUUGCAGAGCUCAGAGAUUGUGUGCCACGUACCAUGUGGUUAAACUUGAGGCGAGAUGGACUGUUUGGGCCGAAAAAGGUGCCUGGGAGGGUUCGUCUCACUUUGACAUUCAAAUCUUACGUUGACAGAGAGGAUGACAUUGACGAAAAUGCGGGCUCGUUCUCUCCAUACAUUAAGGUUUUUAAAGAUUCGGGCGCUGAAACUGUGGAAGACAUAGGAGUGAGCUUAGGUGAAGAGAUAGCUGCGAGUAUAGAGGGCAACGCCAAAAGAAACGAGUACGAAAGUGAUGUCGAAGCAGAAAUAGUUCAGACACAACGGAAGGACUCGAGUGUUGAGAUUAGUAGCAGUCCGAAGGGCAAAGGAAAACCAAUUGCCAAUGGGAAUGCUAGAGCUUCAGGAUCGAAUAGUAGUGUUGUAGAAACGCAGUCAAGUCAGGAUCAGUUCAGAACAAGAAGUGCUGCAGAAACUGUGAAGCAAGGGAACGGAUCUGCACGGAGGGGAGAGCAGGUGGAGUCGAAUUCAACCCACUCUUCCAACACAAACGCCAGUGAGAAUGCAACCACUUACCCCAGCAUCUUCAGUAGCGAUGGAGAUAUUCGCGUGCCUAGGAGGGUGAAUGACAGUGAGCAGCAGGGAGAAUACUCCAGCAUACCUGCAGAUUGCAGAGCCAGUGUGUGGGACAACAACGUUGAGAGGUUGACCAAGUCCUCUGAAACUCAUGACGGCUCAAGAGUAGGUGUGUCUGAGACUCAGGCCUGGAGACAAAGCAUGCACUCAGAAGCCAGUGGAGCGCCUGCCAUGAAACACAAGGCCACUGAGCCCUUUUCUGGGAGUUAUGAUCCGAAGGAGGAGAGCACCCAACUGGAAAAUGAGGCAGGAUUAGUUUCAAAAGGUGAUGCGUCCAAAGCCGAGGGUAAUAAAUUACUCUGGUUGUGUAUGUUUACUACUGUUGCCUACGUGAUUGGGUGGAGCUUACAUUUCUCAAACCCAUUGCAUCCAUGAAAGGGAACAUCAUUGAGGACACGUUCCAGUCUUCAUUCUCUCUAA